GGCACCGGUGGUACCGCAAUGCUCGCCGUGACUCUCCGCUUCAGCGUGGCUCUGUGAUCCAGGCAAACGAGCGAGAGGAUGAACACAGACCUGGAGCGCCUGUCGCUGAACUCCUCCACGGGUAUCUCCGUGGCGUCCAGUGCGCGUUCACUGUCCGCCAACGUGAAGAAGCUGCACAACGCGCUAAACCUGCUGCUCAACGACUGCGAGAGAGAGCAGUUCAUCCACUGCCUCAACGUGUAUAACUCGAAGCGCAAUGUCUACGAUCUGGUCCAGACGCUUAAAGUCAUCCUCAACGUUCCGAGCAAGCGUCAGCUUCUGCCCAUGUUGCGGCUGGUUAUCCCGCGCUCGGAUCAGCUGCUGUUCGAUCAGUACACCUCAGAGGGGCUGUACUUAAAAUCCGACACCCUUACGCGAAAUGGUGACCCGGACGGUGCCAACGAAACUGCUUAUUCGAGUCCGAAGCACGGGGCUCAUUUCUUGGGCCACUCCGCGUCGCAAGCCGCUCUACGCGGUUCCCCUGACAAUAUCAGCACGAGCAGCGAUGGGACAGCGUCUCUUGUUCCUCUACUAGGCAGGAAUUUCUUACCUGAGCCCCCAGGAGAGAUCCGACAGGUAACCCUCAAGCGUCACAAGAGCAACGAGGGCUUGGGAUUUAGCAUCCGCGGAGGCUCUGAACAUGGAGUUGGGAUAUAUGUGUCACUGGUGGAACCGGGUUCACUGGCUGAAAAAGAAGGUUUGAGAAUUGGAGACCAGAUAUUGAAAGUUAAUGACAAAGUGUUCGACCGCGUCACGCACGCUGAGGCAGUUAAGGUGCUGAAGGGAAGUAAAAAGCUCGCCAUGUCAGUGCGGUCUGUGGGCCGGAUCCCGGGCGGCUAUGUCACAAAUCACGUCUACACCUGGGUGGAUCCGCUGGGCCGCAGUGUGUCCCCACCCCCUGACCUUCUGGCAGAGCAUUGCAGUGCCACCCUGCGCAGAUCCAACAGUCAGGGCCGCAGUCACAUGCAGCUUCUGCAGGAUGGCGAUGAGAAGAAGGUGAAUUUGGUGCUAGAUGAGGGGCGUUCUCUGGGCCUCAUGAUCCGCGGGGGAGCUGAAUACUCUCUGGGCAUCUAUAUCACGGGUGUGGACCGGGGGUCUGCAGCGGAUUGUGGGGGACUGAAGGUGGGGGAUCAGAUCCUGGAAGUUAACGGGCGGAGUUUCAUCAGCAUCCCGCAUGAUGAGGCCGUACGUGUGCUGAAGUCUUCACACCAACUGAUGAUGACAGUAAAGGAUGUUGGGCGACUGCCACAUGCCCGUACCGUAGUUGGGGAGACCAAGUGGAUUGCCAGCUCACAGAUCACAGAGAGCUCAGCUAGCAGCAGUGUCACAGGCCUCUCUCUGGAGCAGGGAGCAUCAGCAUCAGGAAAGGCUGGUUUUUAUAAAGGUGUAGCUGGUUCUCAGGUGACUCUGUCCAGUCUGGUGAACCAAAGUAGGGGCAUGCUGGAGGAACAGGCCAGACACCUGCUGACCGAGACAGAAAGGCAGACAAUGGGUUACUACAUCCAGGAGUAUCGCGACGGCCACAUCGGUGUUGAACAGUUUGUCAUGGCCCUCAUUGAGUUGUUCAAUACACAUGCCAAGUUCUCUCUACUGUCCGAGGUCAGGGGGCUGGUGGCCCCUCAAGACGUGGAGAGAUUUGACGGGUUGGUUCUGAGACGAGAGAUCGAAGCCCUGAAGGCCAGGCAGGGAGGCAGAACUGGGUUUCAAGACUCCUCCUUGGUUUCGUUUCCCGACAUGUUGGCCUCUUCCUCAGCCAGCUUUAUGACCAACAUCACCCUCAACUCUGCACGGAACGACGGUAUGGCAGAGAACAACGAGGAACAGUGUCUGGAGCGUAGCAAUGCCCUGCCAGACGUCUCUCUGGAUGAGGUACAUUCCACCUCAGAUUUCCCUCCUUCCUUUAAACCUCCUCCUCCCUCAGGGCUUCAGCGCCGCCACAGUCGAAAGGCCACGCUUAGUAAACGUCCCUCUUCCAGGUCCUCCCAGUCGGGCUUGUACUUUACCACACCUUCCCGUAAUCCCACCAAAGAACCCAAACUCUCCAAAAUGCCCAAACCUCACAGCUGUCCACCCAACAACACAAAGAUAGAGGUCCCGGCACCUAAGCUGUCAAUUAUGAGCCAGCCUCCUAUAAGACCUUUCCCCUUUGUCCAGCCCCCUGGCAAAGUGAAGCCACCUAUCCAAUACACGUCUCUGGUUCCUCCACCUGCUCCAACUGUUCCAGCACCACCUCCUCCCCCCUGCCCAGAUAAGCCCGCCCCUUCCUCCCCAGAUUCCAAUAAGCACUUUGUCAUGGUGGAAAUACAUAGGCCUAAUGUAGAACCUGAUGCAAAUGAGGUGUGGCCACUUCCACAAGCUCGAGGAGAGACAUUGCCACAACUCUCAGACAGUGGACAGACACUUAGCGAGGACAGCGGAGUGGACAUUGCAGAGUCUGGCUGCCUCAGUAAGGAUAGCAGCCCACGUCCCGCUCGCACCAAAGCCCCACUGGAGGGGCACGGAGGAGAGACAUCUGCCAAACCGCCUGGUCUGUUGGAGCCGACACCCACUCUAGUGAGAGUGGCAAAAAGCACUAGUACACUGGGCAUUGCAAUAGAAGGCGGGGCAAAUACACGACAGCCCCUUCCACGUAUUGUUACCAUACAAAGAGGAGGGUCAGCCCAUAACUGUGGACAGCUAAAGGUGGGCCAGGUAAUCUUAGAGGUAAACGGUGUGUCUCUCCAAGGAAAGGAACAUCGGGAAGCUGCUCGACUUAUCGCAGAAGCCUUUAAAACCAAAGAGAAGGACUACAUUGACUUCUUAAUCACAGAGUUCAAUGUGACUCUAUAGGACCGAAUGAGUCACAUGAUGCUCUACUAUGGCAGACUAUGCAGGAAGAAUAAAUAAUGUGUUACAUGGUACACUUGAACUCAUCUUUCUCUGUAAUGUUUGAAAGCUGAUGCUGCUUGAAAGGCCAUCCUAUGUGCAUCAACUCCGCUUUGACCUUUCAGAUGGCAAAUGCCAGAAUGGAACAAAAGUUCAGUUUAUUCUGGGCAGGUUGUUUUAGAAGAUGGAACCAUCAUUUCAGUUUAUCCUUUAUCAGUUUGGUCAUCUGACUGCAAUACAGGAAAGGCUCUUAAUGUAUAGAGUGUUUUUGAUACUCAAUACUGUCAGUGUCAUGGGGUACAGACCUAACUUCCUGUCCUGGU